GUAAUAAUACGCAUGCGUGAAAGUUAUAAUACGCAUGCGUGAAAGUAAUAAUACGCAUGCGUGAAAGUUAUAAUACGCAUGCGUGAAAAUAAACAAUACGCAUGCAUAAAUGUAAAUGAAUUCAUUCGCGAAAAUAAACUAUGCACCUACGUGUAAAAAUAUAUAACCCACAUACUUUCUAAACAUUUUUACAUAGCAAUUUUAACUAACUAUGUGAAUUACAAAGUAUCUUAAUCGUAUAUAGUAAUUAUUUUAAACUUUAUUAUAUGUACAUAUCUAUUAUUAUACUAUAUAUCAAUAUUAUGCGAACUAUUUUUAAAUAGAGAUUUAAAAAGCGUGUCAAACCUGUAUACGAAAGUUCCUUUUUUUAUAUUUUAUUUUAAUUGCAACUUGAUCUUCUUUAAUGAGUAACAAGUUUACUGUCAACUAGUGUCUACUUUCCAUUAUCAUUUUACUUUCUACGCUACUUCUCAAUAUAACUUUCGUCUAUAUUAUUAUUUUUUUUUUUUUACAUUCAAACAUCUAAUACGCUCCGAGAAAGAAAGUCAUCAAUAAAAAAAAAAAAACAAUUAGAUUUAUAAUCCGGUUAUUUCUAUUAAUUCUACAAAUGAUUUAUUUAUCUAUAAAUCUAGAAAUUAUUUUGAAUAAAUGUCUUUCGUUUUAUAAUUCAUCGUACAUUUUAAGAGACAAAGGAUAGAAAAAUAAAAAGAAAGAUAAAGAGAUAACAUCGAAGUCACAUAUCGAUUUCGUUUUUUUUUUUUUUUUAUGUAGUAUCGAAAGGUAGUAAAAACGUCGUCUAUUCAAAUUGACUUGAUCAAAUUUCAGCAAGCACGCGUUUAAAUGGAUACGUGCUUGCAUGCACAUAAAGUAGAAAGUAUUUGAAGGAAAAGUAACAACAAAUAUAUGCAAGUAUUUAUAUUGUGUGAAUGAAGUAAAAGUUAGGUGAAGAAAAAAAGAAAUACAUUUUAUUGUUUAAAAAUAAUUAAAAAAAAAACUAUAUAAUUUUAAGGAAAAUAUAUUGAGAGAACAAGUAUGAAAUAUAGUAGCAAUUAUACUACUGACCUAUUGCAAAUAACUAGAACUAGUAAAAGUAAAGAAUUAAAGCAGGUUGACUUUUUCUCUCUCUAUGCUCUGUAUGGUCAACCAGACCUAUUCAGUAUCCCAUCAAUAUGUGUACUUCAAGAUCGCUUUUACCUUUCCGUAAGUAAGGAGGGACAUUUCUCAAGAGGUAUAAAAUAGUAAGCGGCAGAUUUGUACAUCAGUUUGUGCAAGUUCUUUCUUAGUUAACAACUGUAGCUUUCAAAGAUUUGCUUUUUCAUUCUGUAUAAUUAAUUCUUAUCAAGAUGAGAAGAAUUCAAUUUUAUAAAAUAUUUGUGUGUUCCAUCAUUAUGAUGGUUCAUGCAUCAUCAUCAUCAUCAUCAUCAUCCACUAACAAUUAUUAUUCUAAACCAAACGAUAGAUUUGAACCAAGCAAACAAAUCUUUAAUGGAAGAUUUAUGCCCGAAGAUAGUAUAAAUCAACAAAAUAUGAAUAAUUAUAAUACAGAACAUCGAGAAAGAGAUUACAAUUUUGGUGGGAAAAUAAAUCAAGCAAAUUUUGAAGUUGGUAAUAUACCUUUAACCGGUUACUCUACGAAUAAUGGAUUACCAGGAUACAUAGAUCCUUCUUAUGAAAAUUAUAAUAAUAAUAAUAAUUUUAAUUUUGUUAAAGAACAAUUGCCUUAUCAUUUUGGAAAAUACUCUGUUAAUAAUAGCAAUCAAGAAUCUGAUUUUGGAAAGUACAGGCAUUUUGAUUCGUCUCAAUUUUCAAAUAAUGAGCAUCAACAUGAAGGAUUUUUUCAUACUGAAUUGAUAUCUGGAAAUUAUCCUGCUAAAGUUCCAUUGUCAUUUCCUUCUACAGAAUAUGAACAAGAUUCCGAUACGUCUAUGAUCGAUGACAUUUACAUUAAUAACAACAACGACAAUCAACAAUUCUAUGGAAAACAAAGAGGCAAUAACUUUAAUUUCAAAGGAAAUUAUAAUUAUGGGGAUGAUGCAUUAAAGAUAUUUUCAUCUGAUAUAUUUAACAUGCAAGAAAAUCAAAAGAUCAAAGAUCAUAUUCAAAGUUUCAAUCAAAAUCAUGGUCAACAAGCUUUUGACGAUUUAUCAAGUUCUCUAUCAAAUAAUUAUAAUUCCAAUGUACAAGGCAAAGAUGUUAAUUUUCAUAAGCCUGAAAGACCAAUUAAUUAUAGAGGAACAAAAUACUCGUCUAUUUAUCCUUCCAAAAGUAAUUUAAAUUAUUUAAUAAAAGGGCCUAAGAAAAACUAUCUUCCUAACAAUUAUGCGAAAGGUAAUGGAAAAGCAAUAAUACUGAAAAUUACUGGCUCUGGUACUCAUCCUAGAUAUAUUUAUUCUCCGAGACUUUAUCCUAAUAUUAAAAAUGAUUUAAAUAGAAGUUAUAAGAAAAAACGUAAUAAUUUAUUAAAUAGGCCAAGAAACAACAAACCAGUACCUGUUCGUUCGAAUAACAACGACAACGAUUACGAUGAUUCUGAAUCUUCCGAAUUGUAUAAUAGAAAUAGCAAAUAUACAGAUAGUUUAAGUUCUAAUGCAUUUGUUACAUACUCCUGAUAACAAAUCUAUUUAAAGAA